AUGAAAAUGAAUGCCAGGAAAAGUUUAUCUUUUCCGGAGGACACUGAGAGCUGCGUAACGUCUGAGGGUUCUAAAGGAGAGGCGAACAAAGCAACGGAAGCGUCGUCAGGCAAGGAUGGAAGCUCGAGGACGAAAGGAAGGGAUGGAGUGAGAGAGAAGAAAACAGUUUAUGUGGCCAAGGACGAGGUUAAGGUUGAGGAAGGGGUUGAUGGAGAUACUGAGGACGAUGACGAGAGGAUGAUCAGCCAUCAGGAAGGUGAAAAUUUUCCAGGCUCACCGAGUUUCAGAGUGUAUUUCCUUGAUAAUUUGAAAGACGGGGAUGAUGGUGAUGGUGAGUAA